UUAAUCAUUGUUAGUGGGGCUCAUAAGAUGUUAGCAAUAAUUCUCCCCUUCUUCGUGAUAUUUACUUUAGAUGUUUCCAGUGGGAAACUCCCCUUGGUGAAGACACCACUGGGGGAGAUUCUCGGAGACCACAAAAUAUCAUUCGAAGGUAGAACAUUUUCGGCAUUCGAAGGCAUCCCUUUUGCUAAACCACCAAUUGGGGAGCGACGUUUUGAGGAACCCGAACCCGUUGAUCCAUGGAGUGGUACCUGGAAUGCCACCUCCUUAUUCCAAUGCGCACAGAGUAAUUCGAUUCAACUUUUCGAAACACCAGGCGACGAAGACUGUCUUUACAUUAACGUUUUCGUACCACGUGAGAAUCCAAACCCUGACGAAAACUUAGAUGUCGUUGUCCACAUUCAUGGAGGGGCAUUCAUGUAUGGUAGUGGUCACUUCUAUUCCCCUCCAACCCUUAUAAUGGAUCGAGAGGUUAUAUACGUCACUUUUAACUAUCGUUUGGGAAUUUUGGGUUUUUUGAGUACCGAGGAUGAUGUAGUGCCCGGAAACAACGGUCUCAAAGACCAAACAUUGGCUCUGAAGUGGAUUCGAGAUAAUAUAGCUAGUUUUGGCGGAAAUCCAAACUCUGUGACAGUUAGUGGGGGAUCAGCUGGAGGUUCAAGUGUGCAUUUGCACUUCUUUUCUAAGCGUUCGAGAGGUUUGUUCCAUCGAGGAUUUGCUCAAAGUGGUCUCGCUUUGAACCCAUUUUCCAUCCAAGAGCAGCCUUUAAUGAGGGCUAGGAAACUGGCUGAUGCAGUGGGGUGUCCUACGAGUUCCACUCGAGUUAUGGUUGAUUGUUUGAAGCAAAGACCCUACCAGCACCUUUUCGAUAAACUUUCGCUAUUUUUUAAUUAUAAAUUUUUGCCGUGCGCGCCUUUUGGUCCUGUUGUUGAAAAAGGCGGCUCAAAUCCCUUUUUAGAUGAAGAUCCGUACCACUUACUGAAGAAAGGAGACGUGUAUGACGUACCGUUGCUUGCAUCUAUGGCAGUCCAUGAAGGACUCUUCCCUGUGUCGUUCUUCUUGGAAGACCUAGACAAUAUAGACGUGAAUUGGGAAGAGUGGGCUCCAGCUUUCCUGGAAUUCAACUACACGUUAUCGUCGUCUUUAUGGAAAAGUACUGCUAGAAAAAUCAAAGAACAUUAUCUAGGUGGCGAGCAUUUUAAUAAAGAAAACCUACUAAAAUUGAUUCAGAUUUUUAGCGAUCGGUAUUUCCUCAACGAUGCAGAAACGGCCGUACGUAUGCAAGCAAAAGUGAAUAAAUCUCCAGUCUAUUAUUAUCUUUUCGGCUAUCCUGGAGACAACAACGAGCAGAAACUGGUUGGUCAUGGUGCCGACACUAAGUACUUCUUUGGACCAACAUUUAUACCCACACCUUUAACACCCGACGAAAUCAAAAUGAAAGACUUGCUUCUGGAUAUGUUAGUAGCGUUUGCAAAAACUGGGAAACCUACUUUGGGUGGUGUAGACUUGAAACCCACGGGUUAUGAGGAACUGACAUAUCUUGAAGUAAAUGGUUUCGAACCUGACGAAAUUCAGGUGAAAACGACCGACGAACUAAUGACUAGUGGAAGCUUUUGGAAAUCGUUGAACUUUAUGGAGGGCGAAAACCUGAUUUCUGCUAAAGAUGAACUGUAAUUUGACUUUUUGGAUUAUUUCUCUUGUUAUUACAUUUUGUAAAUGUUUUACGAUAUUUUUAAUAAACACAAA